UAAACAAAGAAAGUCAUUCCUAAUGGAUUCGUUGAUCAGAAGGUUCAAGGCCCUACACCACGUGGAUGAUUUUGAAAAUGACGCUAGAUAUGACGGGCUUAAGAUUAAGGAGCCGGCAGCUAAAAUAUCCAGCCUGGAUAAGCUUUUUGAAGAACUCAACAUAAAUGAGGGCAGUUCUGCAUUAGAAGACUGGGUCAGCAAACCUAUAGAGGCGGAGAACAGCGAAACCAACAGCUACCUAUAUAAGGAUUACUUUAACAAGAGUCCCAACGAUUUUCCGUGGGAAAAGGCCUUUGAGAAGGGCAGUUCAAUGGGACCGGACUUUUAUAUUGACUAUGAGAACAUCUUCGAGAAUGUGGCCAACCUUGCCGAAGUGGAGCAGAAACUGGAGUUGCUCUAUAGACCAUUCACCUGUGUAAUGGAUGUCAACUGCCAUUUCAAUAUGUACGAGCUAUGCCUGUCAAUGGCCGAGUCCCGAUUCGAUCCGGGUAGUCAUCCAUCCGUGGUCGUGAAGAUCACCCAUCCCAAUGCCCAGGUGAAGAUCCAUGCGGGGGGAAAGAUUUCCUCCACCGCUUUGAGUGCCAAUUCAGCCAGGAGUGCUCUCUUCAAGGUGAUCAGGAUCCUGCAGGAUCUAGACUACAAGGUGGAAAUCAAUAACUUUGCCAAGAACAUCGUGAAUGCCUCCUUUAGCAUGCCGUUCAAACUCGAUCUGGAACUGAUGAGACGCCGCCAUGUGGUCGAGGUGGCCCAAAACAGAAGCCGGCGACCCUUCACCACUUACACCACCGAAAAUUUGGGCGUGAGAUUUGCCGUCUUUCCCACUGGAUUCGUUUUGGUCCUACACUCCACCAGUCACUUCGAGACACGUGAGGCUAUAGCCAACUUCCUGCCGAUCCUGGCCAGACUCAAGAACGGAUAUCCCACGGCAGAGGAGAAAGUGGGACAACUGGUGGGGGAUCUUUCCUACAAGUUGUUGUGGGAGAAGCGAUUGGAGGAGGACAAGGAGGGCCUACUGCUCUACUCCUAAAACAAUAAUAUUACGUUAAAAUUCGUGCCUAGCAUUUUUGCAAGAAUAUUGAAAUCAAAAUCCACUGAAACUUGGAUGUCAUAAUUUACUUUUAAUCGAAAUGUAGAUUGCCAG